AUUUGGCCAUUCGUUUUUUUGCAGGAUUUAAUUAAGUUUAACACUUUCUUGAGUAAAUGACAUAGUCUAAAUGUAUUUGCAUUGCUGUAAAAAGGAGUUACAACAAAGUGUUAAUUUUUAAUUUUUUUUCAGAAGGUGCAUAUUAUAAAAUAUUACUAUCUGAGCCAACCCAUCCUUUUUAAUGAUUUAUCCUUUCUUAUUUAUUUAUUUAUUUAUUUUUGCUAUGUAUUUAUCUGUAGUUUUCCCAACAAUAAAAUAUGUUAGCCAUAGUUCAAGUGAUACAACAAAGCUUUAUAUUUCCAGCCUCCUUAUAGAGCAGGAGAGUCCAGGCCAGGCUCCAGCACAGGUUUUCCCUCUCUCCUGUGUGUGUGUGAGUGUGUGUGUGUGUGUGAGAGAGAGAGGCUGUGUUGUGGACUGUGCAUGUUGUGUAUGUGUGUGUGCAUGGUGUGUGUGUGUGUGAUGGUGUGAAGGGGUGGGGCCAGACCGGUGGUGCGCGCGCUGAAUGUGCGCUGGCUGGAUGGAGUUGGAUGGAACUUGCUGAGGCUGAGGCUCGGCUGAGCUGGAUGCUGUCCGGGUUUAAAAGUGGAUUUAUGUGGAGAGCGCUGUAGAGUGACUGCAGGCGCGCGGGAAGAACACGCAGCUGGACGGAUCCAGGUCACUGUGUGAAGAUUUCUGAUUAAAGCUGCUCAUUAGAGGCUGCUGGACCUCUGCCUCCACUUCCAUCAGUGCAGGAGGAUCUGUGACUGACAGCUGCUUCUGAGGAGAAGAGUCCGAGGACAGUGACUGAUGACAGACAGACAGACAGAUACAGACUGCACUGAUACUCAGAGUCUGGAACAAACAUGAGAAGAAGAUGAGUGGGACAGAUCAGAGGAGCAGGUCUUGGCACUGACAGAUGCGUUGUCACGCGUAGGAUUCCAGAACCUCUCUCCAUCUUCUCUUUUUUUUCUCUCUUUUUGUGUUCCCCCUCCUCCCAGCAUCCCUAAUAAGACACAUGCUCCUGGGCUGGGGUGCUCACUCACACCAGCCUCUCCUGGCCGCCGCCGUUAAGGGCUACAGGCUGCUUCCAGCGCUGCCCGGCUUCAUGGGUUGAAAAGGGUCUCUCUCUACCACUCACUCGCUCUCUGGGCAUCUCUCAGCUCUCACUUUCAUCUCAGCACAUCUCUCUGCACCUGAACCACGUCCACCAUCCUCCUGGUCCACGGCUGGGUUAUGGCUCGUGCCCUGGGCAUGCUUGGACUUGCAGCUGCAGCAGCCUCCGCCGAGGGCAGCGGUGGCCUCAGCUGGCAGUAGAGCGCUCCACCUGCCACAGCGUGGAAGGGGGUGCCCCCCCCCACUGCAUCCGUCUGCCUGCAGGGGGAGACCCAGCGCAGCUGGGCAGCAGAGACUAUGCAGCUGGGACUGGUGGCACUGGCGGUGGUCUUCCUCAGCUCCAUGGGUUACAACAACAGCCUCAAAGUCUCCAGAGGAAGGAGGCACAGACACACAAGUACUGAAGUACCGCCAUCAUGCUCCAGUGGUUGUGAAAGCUGCUCUGAAUACAACGGAUGCACCAAAUGCCGACCGCGGCUUUUCAUCCUUCUGGAGCGGAGUGAAAUUCGUCAGACAGGGGUGUGCCUGGCAACCUGUCCUGUAGGAUAUUACGGCAUUCGUAAUCGUGAUGUGAACAGGUGCACACAAUGCAAAAUAGAAAACUGCGCAGACUGCUUUAGUCGAACGUUCUGCACAAAAUGUAAGGAGGGUUUGUAUUCGUACAUCGGUCGGUGUUACCACAGCUGCCCUGAAGGCUUAACCACCAUCAACAGCACCAUGGAGUGUGUAGUGCAAUGUGAGCUGGGGGAAUGGAGUCAAUGGGGCCCUUGCAUGAAGAAGAACAAAACGUGUGGUUUCAAAAAGGGCAAUCAGAGCCGUAGGAGGGAGCCCACGCAGCCCCCGAGUCCAGCCACUGUCACUGGACACGCGUCUGCCUCUACCUGCGCUCCGGAAACCGAGUCACGGAAGUGCACUGUACAGAAGAGGGUCCCCUGUGGAAAAGGAGACAAGGGGAUAGGCUCAAAGAACAAAGGAGCUUCAUUCGGCAAAAACCGUGUCCGAGACUCCAAAGAGAACAACAAAGGGGGCGGAAAAAGGAAAAAGGUCCAAACCCCUGCUACUACUUCUCCAUCCAUUAUAACAAGCACGGUGACCUAACCCCGCAGUGGCGUGUAGUGGAGGACUAACAAGCGGAAAGAAGAGUCUGAGGAAGACGAGGACUGAAGAGGAAUUAUGCUGCUGCACAUUCACAAAAAAAAGGCUCAAAGAGAACUGGAGGAUUGCUGCAAUAAAUAAUGAACUAUGUACUGUAUUAAGCUAGGCGAGGAGCAGAGGAAAGGCGUUUGUCUGUGCAGUUGGAAGCACUUUGAAAGACUGUACUUCUGAAGGUUGCCCUUUUGUCAGCCAGCCCGUAACAAGGGUUUGGCGGGCAAGAUGUUUUGUACGUCCCACAUUUGCAUUUGAUCAAAGGAUUAAAGACUUCUAUAGUUACUCUUUGGACGACUCUUCAAAUGAAGUGUUCCAUCGCUCCAUGAUUUAAGAACAUUUAAAAGCCGUUAACAUCCUUGUUCAUGUUUUCCUAAUCACACUUUAAUUGGUUUUCCUGCUCCAGUGUCGGCUCUGCUUACUUUUCUGACAGGUACUGAACAGAUGGUGUCUGUUGGAGCGCCGUUCGUGUAAGCAGGCCCGGAGAAAAUGAACACUACGGAGAUACUUUAGUUUUUUAUUUGUAUUUUAUGAUGAAACAAAGGCGAGUCACUGGAACUAAUUUGUGCUUUGAGAGAGAGAAAGAAUUUAUUUUGAUAAUGAUCGUUUCUUUUGAUAAAGUGUUUCAAAAUCAAUUUGUAUGUAAGAGGACACCUAGCGCUCCAACGAACUUGAGCAAGAGUUUGUUAGACAAAGCUUUCCACUUUCAUAUUCGUUUUAGCUGACUAUGUACAACAAGAGGCUGAUCAAACAGUACACAGUAUUUCGCACAAAGUGUAGUGAUCAGACGAAUGUAACGAGCGUGUUCGAGUUGUAUGUGAUCUGUGUUUGAAUGGGUAUCUAUGUGUCUGUUUGUUUGUUUUUUACAUCUUUGUGUUCUGUGUUCAGUUCUGUAGGAAAGAGGAAUAAAGAUUGUGUGAUUGGUCAGAAUGGUCUGUAAAGGGAUGAACUCCCUUUUUCAUGUUAUUCGUGUUACCAAAUGUGUGUUGUUUGGUACAUGUACAAUAUGUCUGUCUAUAAGUUGGGUCACAGUACACACAGUAGCAGUGUGUAACCAGCCCACUAAAGCAAAAAAAAAAAACAGCAGAAAGGAAUAGUAAAAAAAAAAUAGGAACCUUAUACCAGCACAGAUAUUUCACUAGCCUCUACAUACCAUACAGCAAUCUACAUACCAUAUGGCUGCUCAGUUAUUAUGCAUUUAUGUUUGCAACAGGGUCAGAUAUAUUUAGCACAUAAUCCAUGAUGAUCAGCAUUACACACCAGUAUCAGAGAAGGCAACACCAUUUAUUUUUCAUGGACAGUACUUGUAGCAUUUUCUUGGUCUUUUUUUUUUUUUUUUGCAUGACACAACUACUUGCUUCCUCCAGUAGAUAUUCACCAUGGACCUUCAUGACGUGAAUUCUAACACUGAAACUUUUGAUCUUCUAUUGGUUCUGAUUACUUCAUUAAUAAAAUAUACGUUAUGUUAUUGUAUAUCUUAUUAUUUGAUACUCCUGCAUAAAAUAAAAUGUACAAUUUACUUCAAUAAAAUGCAGUAAAUACAUUUUAA